CCUAUUUUGGUUCCUUUGGGUCAGUGGUAGAAACAACUGAGGCAGUAGAGGGAGCAGCACCCCUUAUGUAGCCUCAUCUUCAGAACAUUCAGCGACAGUGAGAGGAGCAGCAGAAGGGGGCACAGAGGCUCUCUAACAGGCACUGCUUGCAGAAGGUUCUACCAUUAGGCUGCACUCGUCAGCCCAUUACCCACACAUGUGAACAUGCAGUCAUCUCGAAGAAUUCCAGUUACAACUUCAAAAAUAUUCCAAAAGGCUUUGGGGAAGGAAGAAGGAGUAACUGAGCUCACUGAAUCGGACAAUGAGGAGGCGGAGAUAAAGAGCAUCCUAGAAUGUCUUGAGAACAAUGAUUUGUUGUCUGUGGAGCACCAGCUUCACAUCUUGAGAAACCUAGAAACAAAAAUCAAUGUUGUCAAUCACCUCAACAGUGACCUGGCCCAGCGGCUGGUUGACAUCACCUCCAUCAAUCUAAUCAAGAAUUCGGAGCUGAAGGAGGAAUUUGAGGAGGCUGCCAUUGCCAUCCUAAUGGCGGUUGGGAAGCACUGUCCAGGAGAUGUUGUGGCCAUGCUGCAGGAGAGAUUCCAGCCAAAAGUCCUGCCCCACCGCAGUAUCCUCUGUGCAAUGGAGAAGCUCUGUCAACUCAGUGGUUGCAAAUGGCCCCAACAGGAACAUGGCCCUGUCCCACCACUGCACUGGACUGCAGAGCUGAGUAGGCUGCACCAUCCAAAGUAAUGGCUCCCUAUAUAGGUGCAAUGUGGGACUGUGUCUUGCCAGCCCUGCCCCUAGUCCAG